CGUUACAAAUCACAAGAAAAAAAAUCCUUGCUGGAGUCCAACAUUCCACACUCGACCGUUGUGGAGAGAGAGAGAGAGAGAGAGAGAGUUGCAAUGGUGACACUGAGAAGCAGAGAUCAAACCCUAGAAACCCCUGCAAACCCUAGCAACCACCAAAUCAACGAAGAUGGCCGAACCCAAAUCAAGGAAACCCAGAAGGUUUCUGGGUACGAACAGUGCAGAGAAGAGAGGAUCAAAGAGAACCUCCAGAGAAUGCAAAAGCUUGGUAUCAUGGACAUUUCCCUCAAACUCAAGUCCCUCAAACCCAUCCGCAAGAACAACUUCUCCAAUCGCAAAUCCCCUCCUUGUCCUUCUCCUUUGACAACUCCUGGUGGACCCCUUCGCCGCUCCUCCAGGUUGCAGAAUGUGACUCCAGUUGCCUACUCUGAAGUGAUACUCUCGAAAAAGGAUACAUUUUUGGAAGGCGAGCAUGAUUUAAUAAGAGGGGGUUUGAAGCCCGAGGUUUACACAGAUGAACAUGAAAAGCUGUUGGGUAACACCGAGAUGAGUUGGACUCUUUUCGUGGAUGGUUACGGACAGGAUGGGAAGAGAAUUUAUGAUCCAAUCAAAGGAAAAACUUGUCAUCAAUGCAGGCAGAAAACCCUUGGUCAUCGUACACAUUGCAGCAAAUGUGACAUGGUCCAAGGACAGUUUUGCGGAGAUUGUUUGUAUAUGAGAUAUGGGGAGCAUGUGCUUGAAGCAAAACAGAACCCAAACUGGAUUUGCCCCGUCUGUCGGGGAAUUUGCAACUGCAGUUUGUGCCGGCAAGCAAAAGGAUGGCCUCCAACUGGCACUCUUUAUAGGAAGAUUUCUCAAUUGGGCUUCAAGUCGGUUGCACAUUACCUCAUCCAAACCCAACGUUCACAGACGGAUUCAGAUAAAAAUCCCAGUACUAACAGUCCGGCUUCUGCAAAAAGAUCACUGCCCUUUUCAGAUAUGGAAGCAACGUCAGAGGGGAAGGAAUGUCCUAUGUCCAACAAUGACCAUCAUGGAUUAGUAACCCCUAAACAUGAAGGCAACAAGACAGACAAUGAGUCUAAAGGUGAGAAAUGUGAGGAAACAAAUUUUUCGGAGAACAAGCAUGGUGCUAGUGAUAUUGCAUUGGCAAGUAGCCAAAAAACAAACAAACGUGCACAAAACUCUGAGUCCAGUGAUUACCAUGAAGCAUUAUCAGAGGCUAAAUCUGAAGACAACAAAACAGAUGAUAAACAACGUGAUAACAAUGUUGUAGAGGAAAGCAGCCCAAAGUCCAAAGGGAAGCCUCCACGUACCCUUGAACCAGCCCCAGAUAGUGUUGCUGGGAGACUAAGGCAGAGGCGUCGUACAAGCCAUGAGCAUGACAAGGAGUUCACUCAAAACAACAUUUAGUUUUUCAUCAGCAUGACUUCGAAUCUGGCAUUUUGUCGCCAAUGUAGCAGAACUGCCUAAAAUGUUGCAAGACAAUGUUUUGUAGCUUUGAUUGUGCCCUGCAGCAUUUGGGUUCAGUCCAAGAUAUCAUUUUGUAAUUCUACAAUGCCCUGACAUGCUGGAUGAUUUUUAGGAUUUGAGUUCAUUUAAUCUACAGCAUUAUGCACAAUGUUCUUCAAGUAAUUGUUCUUUGUUAGCUUGGUUAGUCCGUUAA